GAGAACACUAUGUAUGAAAAUAUGGCAGAUGACCACCCAUGAACAGAAGCUACAACAGCUACACCAAAAAGGGUUCUUCAAAUGGCGUCCAGAAAUGGAGAUGGGGAAGAGAGUGAAAGAAAUCGAAAAGAUUCUCCUACGUUGGGGGGAGGAAGACCCAGACGUUAAACUACUGUCGGUGUUGUUUUUAGGGUACAUCACAAUGAAAGGAACACCCAGGGAAAGUGAUGCUAUAAGUUAUGGAAAAGCUAAAGAGUACAUUGAUAAAGCAGUGUUGUUAUCAGAAAAUAAUAAGAGUUGUUUGUUUCUGGCACAUUCUCUCCUAGCUCACUGGCACGACUGUCUGGGAGAACAAGAUGAGUUUGAAGUACAUUUCACAAAGACACAAUAUUUAUUGGAAAUAAUACGAAAUGAACCUCGCGAAAAAGCUUGGCUCUUUACAGCUAAAGGGUUUGCAUUACUUCAGGCAGGACCUACAAAAUUUGAUACAGUGGUCAAAUUAUUUGAUAAGGCCACAGAACGAAACCCCGAAGAGCCCUUGUUCUAUUAUCUGAACGCUCUGACUUUGGGAAGAAAGCGUCGUUAUUUGCAUGAAAGAUCUGUGCCCACUGAUGAUGAAAUAUCCUGCUUAGAAACAGCUUGUAAUAAAACUAAUAAUAAAAACCUAGAUUAUCUGAGUACUUACUGUUUCUGUUUGGCUGAGAAUUGGUCAGCAGAAUUUUGCAAAACGAAAAACAAUGAUACAUUUUCAGAAAAACAAAAAGAGAAGAUUAAGGCAUUUCUUAAGGAUGCAGGAGAGGAAUCUAAUGCUUAUGUUCUGCUGCAGUGCGCUAAAUCUUAUCGACUUUUAAAAGACUAUCAAAAACAGAGACAGUUUUUAGAAAAAGCUAAUGAGAUUAGUAACGGAACGUAUUCUGCAGUUCUUCAUCGCCUCGGGCUUUACUUUUGGAGGAACAAAAUAGACAGAAAUAUGGAAAACGCAAAAGAGUAUCUCAAAAAAUCAUUUUCUGUUAAUACAGGCGGCAAUAUUUUUGCAGAAGUUGAUUAUUUAAAAUUGUUGAAAGAAGAAGAAGAGAUAGAUUCUAAGCAGUAUCUUACAGAAUUAUCUAACAUGCUAGAACGUUCCACGCUUACAGAUAUUAACAAAGCUUACUUAUAUAUGUGUAAAGGAGAAGAAAUGAUGGUUAAAAAGAAUGUAAGUGGUGCUAAACGUUGCUUUUGGGAAGCGAUCAUUUUAGAUCCAGAACUAUGUGACGUUAGAAACGCCAAAACUAAGCUGUUGGACAUUUUAGAACAAAAUAUUAGCAAGAACCCACAAGAUGCUGCUACGUUAUGCGAACUGGGUAGACUUUAUGAGAGAUUAAAGCCUCAGGACAUAACCAAAGCCAUAGAUCAUUAUAAACAAGUACUUUCUCUAAAUUCAGACAACGAAGAAGCCAACUUGGGAUUAUGUCGUGUACUGUUAGCAAAGCACGAUGAUAAGAAGCUCCUAUUAUCAGAAUGUUCUGAGAUACAUGAACGACUAUCUCGCUUUAAAGAUAAUUCCGAGUUUCGAAAGUUAUCUGGAAAAUGUUUAUAUUUCUGGGGAUCGUUACUUCUUCCAGACCAUACAGAAGAUGCGAAAAAAAAACUAACAGAGAGUGUUAAAUUGGGUUGCAUGAACAGCUGCAAACCACUGCUUUCCCUUUUAAAUAAACUCGAUUACACAGAAAGUGCAGUAAUUCUGAAUUGUUCUUCGAAUGAAGAAGCGUACUGGUUAUCUUACCAGUGUGAAAUAACAAAGGAUGAAAUAGAAAGAAACGUUAAGAAGUCUCUGUUGAUUGAAGAUUCUUUAUGUAGUACAAACAACUCAAGUCAAGAAAUGAAUAAAGUAAGAAAACUUAGAUUAGAAAUGGAACAAGCAGCAGUAAGCCAGAGCUAUUAUCAAGAAAAAGCUUCUGAGAUUCUGAUCGAAACAAAAAGCCUUCUUGAUCGCACGAUGAACCGAUUUCAAGAAAUUAUUUAUAAAGGAACGCAUGAAAAGAAAUCAACUUACUUUCCUUACCUGCAACCUCCCAAAGUCACCAAUCAUCCAUCGGGAUCUGAGCAAGAUCUCAUUAAUUCUCCCAAAGCCACCAAUCAUCCAUCGGGAUCUGAGCAAGAUCUCAUUAAUUCUCCCAAAGCCACUAAUCAUCCAUCGGGAUCUGAGCAAGAUCUCAUUAAUUGUAAACUUGAAAUGAAGUCGAAGUUUGAAAAAACACUGAAACACUGGAAACGUCAACCCCCGGGAAAAGGAGAAGUAGAAUCAUUUUCCAAAGAAUUCGGUGAUCUUUUUGAAAUUUUAUGUAAGCACCAAGCAGUUUACGAUGAACGCUACUACUUUGUACCUAAAUGGAUGGAGAUUCGUAACAAACAGACUCAUGAGAAAAUUAAUAAUCAAAAUGAAUUCACUUUGAAAAAUGGAACAACUGUGAAAUUAUUGGAUUUAGCUAGAAAAGCACACGAAUACACCGAGAAUAUGGUAAAAGAAUUUAAUUCAGGAUUGCCACCUUGAAUCAUACUGAUUUUCCGUGUUUUUACAACACUUUUGGCAUAAUGGUCAUUAGUAUGUUUUAUACACUUUUGGGACCGUUGGUGUAUUAUAAGAGUGACGGUCAAAUCCCACUAUUCUGUCAAACUGGUAAUCCAAGAGUUGUCAGUGGGAGUUUGUGUGGUUUAAGAAACACAAGUAAAAUAAUUCAGUUAUCUUCUAUUCAAACAAUAAGUGAUUUACUAUUAAUUUUAUUAUAGGUGGAGAACAUUAUACAGAAAUUAAAUAUUAUUAAUUAAGAUUGUUCGUUUAUCUCUCUCUGUGUAUAUAUAUAUAUACAUAUAUACACACAAUGCAAUUUUUGUUGAAUUCUGGUAAAUUUAUAAAGGUUUUGCUACAUACCUUGAAGAUGUGUGGGUGCAGUAGACAUGGUUAACUUUACAGCUAUAUCUUCUUAUUGUUGAGGACUAUAUUUUCAAUAAAGUUUAAAUCCACACUAACUGAACAAUACCAAAUUUAAAUGGAAACUAGUUUGAUGUUUCAAUGUGAAAUGCCAAAAGUAGUUCCCAUUUAAAUUUUGCAUUGUUCCGUUAGUGUGGAUUUACACUUUAUUGAAAAUUACUUCACAUGCCAUUGUGUAUUUGCCUAUUUUUUUAAACCUUUUAAUUUGAAUGUUUGCUAGAGGGCCCGUGACGUUAACACUAAGUAAGUUUGUCAGAAUAGGCUUACAAGAUUCUAUAUGACGUUACGAAAAUCUAAUAACGUUGUGAAGUAUUGAGAAAAAACGCUACACCGAGUAAAGACAAACGGAGAUCGCCUCGGAAUUAAGAAGACUUUUUCGGACGUCACCUUCACCAAUCUACGCCUUCUCCCAAAAGGAGUGUUGGGCAUCAAGUGUAGCCACCCACGCGGCUAUUCCAAGCUCCUAUCCCACUGCCCAACAACAGCCUUCAGAGGCGCCAAGCUAGACAUCUACAUACCGGCCGAAUCCAGCACGCCAAAGUCACUAGGAGUAUCUCUUGAAAACAUAUACCCACCACGGAAGUCACAAAAAAUUCGCACUCAAGGGUUUAAAACAUCAACGGCCAAAAUGAACGAGCCCCUUCAAAAUUAGUCAGCUUCCCCCUACCCCGCAUAAUGGUCAUCCUAGAUGAAGCCUCUGAUGGGACACCUUUAACGAAGAACGGUCUCAUCCUAUGGUAUACACAGUAGAAGUGGCCAAGGUCUCGCCAGCGCCCAUCUUUUAGUCAGUUUAAUGCUACAACUGCCAGACAAUUGGACACAACAAGGAAUCAGCGCAUCACGAGCUCGCUACUAAGAUGUGGAUAACAUCAUUCUGUUUUUGAAUGCCUCAAUGACUGCUAGGAUAACGAUUGUGCGAACUGUGGCGUUUCUCACGUAGCAUCUUAACGGGGAUGCCAAAAAUAUCCAUAAGUAAUGAGAAUCGCCAAGACAGCCAGAACUCAAACCUCAAAUGUAGCAGCAGAAACAAUCAGUAAACAAGUCCCAAGACCAGUUACGACAGCCCAAUCAGUAGCCUGGCAUUCACUCAACAUGCAAGCAUCACAACUACACCAAACCCAACACUUCAGCAGGAGUAGAGGGGGCCUACGCAGAAGUUUUGAUCUCAACAAGAUCAUCACAGAGAUUCGCCACAACGUUAGACCACUUCAAAGCGUUCCUAGAGGACAUGAUCCUCAGAGCUACGUGUGGAGAUCUACGUUCAUCCGGAGAGUAAAGUACGAGACCUGUGCUGUGAACUACUACUACUUCGACCUCAGGAAUUCCGACCCCGAGACCGUCGAAGCCUUAAUCGAGAGGAGGAACCACCAGAGAGAACAUCCUAGGUAAUGAAAAUGUAAAUUGCUCCAAUGUUUGCAUGCCAAUAUCAAGGUGGCUUAAACAAUAAAAAUUUGAACUCUUUAAA